GUCGCCAGCCUGUGAAGGCAGAGAGAAAUUGACUAAUUAGCAAUGCGCACUAAAACUUGACGGUUCUUUAUAGAGAGAGAGAGAGAGGAGAGAGAAGAGAGAGGCAGAAGAGGGGAGGGGGGUCGCUUUCUCCCCUUCUUUCUUCCAAAGAUGUUUGAAAUCGCAGUCAUUUACGCUCGACAAUUUUUACAAUAGCCUUGAGCCAUAAUUUUGCGAGUCUCUCCAGCAUCCAUCCCCCUGUAUGGUCUCUCUCCACCGGCCAUGCACGACCGUUUCUCUCCCCAACCGUGGAUUUCCUAUUACUCUCGUUACGACUCACUGAGCCCCAGGCCCAAGGAUAAUGAUGUGUUGUUUCUUGGUAGCAUAAUUUGUCACACGUACAUUUUUUCUUCUUCUUCUCUUGCAGAAAGCUCUGCGCGCGCUCUCCCUCUUUUUCUCUCUCCCCUUCUCCCUCUCGUACAUUUUCUUGCUGUUGCUAAUUCAUGGUGAUCAAAUGAUGUACGACAAAAUAAAUUGUAAAGAGUGACUGCCUGGAGUUGAGAACCAGAAGGUUUUUUUUUUUUUUGAAGGAGCGAUCAAACCUUUAAAAAGGAAGGACAAUUGAUUUUUUGGGGGGGAGCUUAAGUGAACCUUUACUUUGGCAGCUGGUUGUGGAGCAGGUAAGUUUCUGGCCUUCGGUCUAACCGUCUUGAGUGUAUUUUCUUGUGGCUUGUUUAUUGUGGUGAAGAUGGUGUGUGUGUGAGAGAGAGAGAGAGGGAGAGAGAGCGAUUUCUGUGAGCUUGAAGUAUGGGGGGGCACUUGUGUUACACACACGCCUUUGGAGAAUAAACUCCAAUUGCAAGAAAUGGUCAAAGGAGGAAGAAAGAAGGGGAGGGCGAAUGGGAGGUGUGUGUAAGGAGGGGGGAGGAAUGACCGGGUCCACUUAAAGGGAGAGGCUCUUGGAGAUUUCCUAAAGCCUCGCCGCUGCGAGGGAGGGAAAGUGGUCAGGGAAAGGGACCGCCAUCCCACCCGGCCGGAGCAGGAAACGCGGAUCGCAAGCGGUGUCGGAAAGAAGGGAAGCUACAAUGGGAGUAGCAGCCCUCGAUGCAAUCCCGCAGAGAAGCAGGGACAGCGGCGGCAGCCUUGCUCGCUGCUACUGCUGUGCCAGGCUCGACUCUCCCGGAGGCGGGCUAUGGCCGGCGCAGGUCCCCUUCCCCUCAGCAGAAGCAGGUCGGAGGUGGGUUUCCAGCCAGGUGUGUUGAGGCUGCUCGCCAUGUCAAGGUCCGGAGACAGGACGUCUACCUUCGACCCGAGCCAUAGCGACAACCUGCUUCACGGCCUCAACCUUCUGUGGAGGAAGCAGCUCUUCUGCGACGUGACCCUGACGGCCCAAGGCCAGCAGUUCCAUUGCCACAAGGCCGUGCUGGCCUCGUGUUCGCAGUACUUCCGAUCGCUCUUUUCCAGCACUGUAGGGGGAGGGGGAGGCGGCGGCGGCGGCGGAGGGGGGAGCGGGCACCAUCACCACCCUCUGGGUGUCGGACCGGGCGCUCAGGACGCCCUUCCUCCCAAAGAGCAGCAGCAGCAACAGCAGCAGCAGCAACAGCAGCAGGAGGAGCCCGGCACGCCCUCCUCCUCCCCGGAGGACAAGCUGUUGGCCAGUCCUAGGGCCAUCAACAAUCUGGUGCUGCAAGGCUGCUCGUCCAUCGGGCUCCGUCUGGUCCUCGAGUACCUGUACACGGCCAACGUGACCCUGUCCCUGGACACGGUAGAGGAAGUGUUGUCGGUCAGCAAGAUCCUGCACAUCCCGCAGGUAACCAAGCUGUGCGUGCAGUUCCUUAACGACCAGAUCUCGGUGCAGAACUACAAGCAAGUGUGCAAGAUCGCCGCCUUGCACGGCCUCGAAGAGACCAAGAAACUGGCCAACAAGUACCUUGUGGAGGACGUGCUGCUGCUGAACUUUGAAGAGAUGCGCGCCCUCCUCGACUCUUUGCCUCCCCCGGUUGAGUCGGAGUUGGCGCUCUUCCAGAUGUCCGUGCUGUGGCUGGAGCACGACCGCGAGACCCGCAUGCAGUAUGCCCCGGACCUCAUGAAGCGCCUCCGCUUCGCCCUGAUCCCGGCCCCAGAGCUCGUCGAGCGGGUCCAGUCGGUGGAUUUCAUGCGUACCGACCCCGUAUGCCAGAAGCUGCUUUUGGACGCCAUGAACUACCACCUGAUGCCCUUCAGGCAGCACUGCAGGCAAAGCCUGGCCAGCAGAAUUCGCUCCAACAAGAAAAUGCUUUUAUUGGUUGGAGGACUGCCUCCUGGACCUGACCGGCUACCCAGCAAUUUGGUUCAGUACUAUGAUGAUGAAAAAAAGACAUGGAAAAUACUGACAAUUAUGCCGUAUAAUAGUGCCCAUCAUUGUGUUGUCGAAGUAGAAAAUUUUUUGUUCGUAUUGGGAGGAGAAGACCAGUGGAAUCCUAAUGGAAAGCACAGUACAAACUUUGUCAGCCGGUAUGAUCCUAGGUUUAACAGCUGGAUACAACUUCCCCCCAUGCAGGAGAGGAGAGCCAGCUUUUAUGCUUGUCGGCUUGACAAAAAUUUGUAUGUGAUUGGUGGGAGAAAUGAAACUGGCUACUUGUCAAGUGUGGAAUGCUAUAAUUUAGAGACAAAUGAAUGGCGCUAUGUAUCUUCCCUACCACAGCCCUUGGCAGCACAUGCAGGAGCGGUACAUAAUGGCAAAAUUUAUAUUUCAGGAGGUGUCCACAAUGGUGAAUAUGUCCCUUGGCUGUACUGCUACGACCCCGUAAUGGAUGUCUGGGCUAGAAAACAAGACAUGAACACAAAGAGAGCUAUCCAUACAUUGGCUGUAAUGAAUGAUCGACUGUAUGCAAUUGGAGGAAAUCAUCUGAAAGGUUUUUCACACCUUGAUGUCAUGCUUGUGGAAUGCUAUGACCCAAAAGGUGAUCAGUGGAAUAUUUUGCAGACUCCUAUUUUAGAGGGCCGCAGUGGACCUGGAUGUGCUGUUCUUGAUGACAGCAUUUACCUAGUAGGAGGCUACAGCUGGAGUAUGGGGGCCUACAAAUCUUCUACUAUUUGUUACAGUCCUGAGAAAGGAACCUGGACAGAACUCGAAGGAGAUGUAGCUGAGCCACUUGCAGGCCCUGCUUGCUCCACGGUCAUACUACCUGCAUGUGUGCCAUAUAAUAAAUAACAUCCUGGAAAUACUGAGAAGGACACUGCUCCAUUAUGGGAAGCUAUCAUAGGUGGUAUAAAUGUUUUACAGAACCAAGUUCCUAAUGCUACAUACAAAAAGAUCCUACCCCUACCCUGACAUUUAUUAUUUGAAAACCAAACUAAAUGUAGCUCCUGACUCACACAGACUAGUAUGUUGUUGGACAAAUUUGGACCCAUGGAAUAUUGCGCACAUUGACAGACAGCCAUUUCAGGUUGAUCGUAACUUUUCCCUUCUAAAGAUCCUUAUAUUGAUUCUAAAUUUAAAGCAAAGGAAAAAGGGGGGAAAAGAAUGCUAAACAUCCAAAUACUGCCUGGAUAAACAAGAUUAUUAUUGUGCUUUGUAUUUUACCUGCAUGGGAUCUCUACUGAAAUCAUGAUGAUUAUGUUCAUGAGUAAUUCAAAAUUAUGAUAAUGAAAAGAAUUGAAUUGCAAAAUUGUCACUUCCAUUUUAACUCAAAUCUGUGUGUGCUUUCAUGUUCUGCGAACAGCACAAAAUGAAAAGGAAAAUCAUAAGAGGUAAUGUCAUAAUAAACCUCCUGUUUCACCGAAGUGGCCCCUUGUGCAUCGUGCUCUUAAAUUCCUAUGCUUAUGUAUAGUAAAUAAGGGGAAUUUUUCAAAAUUAUUUGUGAAAUUGCCAGUCACUGCUCUUAUUUGCACCAGUGCAGAUCCAGAAUCAUUAUUCCUGAAGUCCACAGAAUCUGACUUUAUUUCUCUCUAUAAUUAAUAAAACUUUUUGGCCUUUAAAGACAUUUGGUUAAGCUUUGUAUUGCUCCUGUAAUUAAUUUACAACUAGCAGCAUCUAUUUAAAACAUCACAUGUAUAAUAUUCCAGUGAUUUAAUCAGUUAGAUUUCUUUUUUCCUGCCUGUCUGUAAAGACAAGAGGGCAGGCUUCAAGUUUAGUAAUGCUUUUGUAAGAUUUGGAUCAUGUGCUAUUCACAAACAACUAUAAUUCUUUGAUCUUGUUUACUUACAAAUACUUGUAGCUUUGUAUCUUUGGAUUAAAAGAAAUACAGACCUAUAUCUUCAUUGACAUGUAACAGCCUGGGUGGCUAAAAAGAAAAUAGAAAUGAGAAUGAGAACCAACAUGUAUGUGAAACCUUGGAGGGGGAAAUGUAACAAAGGAAAAUAUGGAAGAACAAAACAAAACAAGUGGUUGCAGAAAGAAUUAUCACACAUUUUUACAUUGCAAUGCUCCCUCUGGAAGUUAUUUAUUCUUUUUUUUUUCAAGUUCUAUUCAAGUUCAGUUACAUGUCCAUACAUUUAAUGUUGCUUUAGCUCACUUCAUAGACAUUAGUCUGUGUAAUGCAAGCAUAUCAGUGAAUCUCCCAGACAUACCUUAACUCUUGUCACAUAAUACAGUUGGACCCCCUUAUCCACAGUAUCAGUAUUCAUUGAUUCACUUACCCAUGGUCUGAAAAUAUUAAAAGAAAACAUCUAAAAAAAACAAAACAAUUUUCACACCUGUUACCAGAACCAGUCACUAGAUGGUGACAGAAACCAUGCUAUGAAUACUUGUUGGGUCCUACUGUAUAACACAUGAGGGUGCAAGUCAAUGAAAAAUUCAGAACUUUUGCUGUGCUUUUCAUUCUGUUAACAAUUGUGCAUUAAGUUUAACCAUACCACCUUAGAAUAUUUACAUCUGUGCACAAUAAUAUUACAUUUAGCCUGAUCUACAGCAAGCUAAUUUCAGUUGGACUAAAUUCUCAUAGCAGAGUUGAUAUAAAUCAGUGGACUGGAGCACUUAGCAAUGGAGUCAGAGUGCAGAGGUUCAUAUACCCACUGGCACUCCUGUGAGAGCGACUAGCCGAGAUCAUACAGAAUAUUUGUGGUUGAUGGAGAUAAAUACCUUGGCAGCUGUUUGGCCCUGUACAAGCUGCACAAUCCCAGAGCAUCACCAGAAGAGGAACUGGUAAACCACCUUUGGUAAUUUAUACCUAGAAACCCCUGUGAAGGUCACUCACUGUAAGUCAGAACCAGUGACACCUAAGUAUAAUUAAAUUCUCAUAGACAUAUCUAUUCCAAUGUGGUGACAUCUAAGAUGAAGACAUACAAAAAUGUGAUCCCUGAACCAGGUGAUGUCCUUGAUUUUUUUUUAACUUUGCAAAUUGAGAAACAGAAGCACAAACCAAUAAAUCAAAUUUAGGUUCAGUAGUUUUGCCCCCUUCUUUUGAAAAAUGGACUGCCUGUCCCUUCAUAAAUUGUAUUUUUCCCCCCACAAGUGUGUGAAAAGUACUCCACAACUGGAACAGCUUCCAGCUUGUCAUAAUAAGGACAUUUUAGAUCAGUGAGGUGAGUUCAGGGUGUGGCCAGGAGAGAUCCCAAUCUUUGUCUAUGCUCUGCCUGGAGCAUACAACAUAUGCAAAGUUGUCUUUCUAGAAAGUCAGACAAGUAUUGUCUAGAGGACUGAGUGUGGCUGUCCAGGGUUUCAGACAGAACAACUCCUCAGCUGUACCUGAAGAUUCCAAGGAUUGAACCUGGGAUCUCCUGCACUCACAGUGUGUGCUCUACCACUAAGCUGUGGUUUUGAGCUCUGAAGUAGUACUGAACCUGAAACGAGUUCUUCCUUUUUUUUUCCGACACUCAGGUUUGGUAGCAGUUUGCCCGGCUAUGGAUCUGGUGUAACAACAUUAUUAUUUUUUAAGCAGAAUUGCUCUGGUACAGGGCAAGUUUUUGUGUCAUCAUCACUUCAACCUCAAACUUGACACUUGGCAUGAAUAAGUGGGACCUGUAACAAAACAUUGCUGGGUGGCUUCUGUUCAGGAUUCUGGCCAGCCAACCAUGCCCUCUUCCAAAAAAAAAAACCUCAUUCAGUCCCCACAUCCUAUUUUCUCUUUCCUACCGUUAAUAUAGAUUCAGCAUUCUGUGACUGCUGAGUAUGCUUUAUAUUAAGUAUUCUGUUAGAUUUUUUGGGGGGGGGGAAGCAUUAGGUUUUCUUUGCCAAAAUUGUUUGGUAUUGCUGUAAAUCUCUGGGCUCCUCUAAUACUUUGCUUUUGUUUCUCACUGGGUCCAUUUUAGGUACUGUCUUAUUAGUAUUUUCCAGCAGUUUGCCAGCAUGUACUGUAAUUAUUAGAGGGAACAAUAUUAUAUAGACAAUUUCAGAGUGGUCCUAUUACACCAGAACUGUUAAAUCUAUCAUAACAGGCAUAGGUACAUGCCAGAUUUUUUAUACAAAACAGAUUCCUUUCAACUAAUAGAUUCAACCAAGCUUAUUAAGGCUUGAGAUAAUGUUACACCUUUCUUCUAUUUCCUGAAAAACAGCUUUGCUGGAUCAUAACCUGAUCAUAUACUUAGCAGAAGCAAAUACAGUAGGACUGUGGUGUCCAUGGGGGGUCAGUUCCAAGCCCCCUGACCAACUGCAGAUACCAAAAAUCAUGGAUCUAGCAAAUUCUCUAUAUAGCAUAAUCUCUGGUUCCCUCUAGUGGCCAUUUCUGGUAAUAGGCCUGAGAAAUGUGCAUUUUGGGUUUGGGUUUAGGUUUUUUUCAGGCAGUGGAUAAAUGAAAUUCCAAGUACUGAUCCCAUGGAUACAGCAGCCCUACUGUAUCGCCCUACUUUUAUCUCAUUCAUUUCAGAGCCAGCUCAGGCCUUUUGCAUGGUACAAGCUGCAGGAAGACUGGUUUAAGAAGACUGGGAUAGAUUUCCAUGUUACUGGAUUUCCCCCCCCUCUUCCUACUGUUAGGAACUGGUGGAAGCUGCAGUAAAGCUUUUACAACCUUUAUGUAAGCCUCUGCCUCACUUCAGUACUUCAUCAGACUAGGCCACAUGUGAUGUUUUAAAACUUCUAUGUGCUCAAACACAUGUUCUAAACCUAUGUAAAUCCACACUGCUAUGGGGAGUUCUGUGGAGACCUUCCAGAGUCUUCUGUGCAAGAUCUAGCCUGUAGUCUGUAUGAAAGCUGUAAUAAGCUAUAUCUAUAUUGAUAAAAUAAAAUAGUGUAGAAUCACAUCCAGCUUUCCAAAUGUUACGUGUACAGAUCUCUAUAGUUGUGAAGUACAGCAGAGAAACAAAGGCACAAAAUACAUGUAGGUAGAAGGUUUAAGUAAUAGUUGCCCAAAAGAAAAUAAAACAGAUAUGGGAAGAAAUUGUAUAUUAAGACUGUGACUACUAAGGAAAAUUAAUAUAAUGAUUAAUAUACUGGAUGUCAUUUUACUGUGUCACUACUCCAUUGUUAUUAUCAUUAGUGUGACUACCACUACUACAAAUCCUGUUAUUUUGCUCAUGCUAACUAAGCUGUUGUAACUUCAACAAAAUUACUUGCGAUUCAGUCUUUUCUACUGGAACAAACAAGCUGUUGAGGGACAAGCAAAAUCCCUACUAAGGAGUUCAUGAAAUUGAAAUGCACAUCCUGGAAACUCAACCUGUUUUUUUGUAAAUCACCCACCUCUGUUA